AUGAUAUUGAUUAAUCAGAGUAGGCUAAUAAAAUAUUAUAGAAUUAAUACAAUAACUAGAUUAUUUAGUGAUUUCAGAUUUCCAGAUAAUGCACCUAGAACAGCUGAUAACCAAUCAUGGUUAGAACAUUUAGAGAAUCAAGAUAAAUUAAGUGAGAAUAUAUCCAAUGCAGAAGAUUAUAGUAUAAAUGCUGAAAAUGAAGAUAUAAUUGACAAAAGUUUAAAUUCUCGAUUUUCAUAUAAAGUAAUAUCAAGGCCACCUGAAUCUAGGUACAUAGAGAUUAAGUCUCCACUACAAAAUUUUACAUCACUCAAGUAUCUCAAGUCUUUAGAAAAUGAUAUAAAUAAGAAUAAGAACAGGCAAACUGGUUUUAUAGAUACAAGGAUAAUAAAAUGCAGAAGUGGUAACGGAGGACAUGGUGCAGUGUCCUUUUUUAGAGAUGCAGGUAGGUCAAUUGGUCCCCCAGAUGGUGGCGAUGGUGGCGAUGGUGGUUCUGUUUAUAUACAAGCUGUCGAAGGUAUAGAUUCCUUAGCCAAACUAAAAACGACAUAUAUUGCGCAAGAUGGGAAAGCAGGCACAGCUGAUCAGUUGGAUGGAGCUAAAGGUAAGGAUAUGCUAAUUACGGUACCAAUUGGUACGACCGUAAGGUGGUGCAUGGAUCCAGUAGAAGUUAAAAAAUUUAUAAAAGAAAAAAAUUUAGCCGAUAAUAAGCAGUCUAUAAGAGAAUUUACACAAAGUCAUGAUAUUUCCCUGCAAUGUGUCGGUAAACUUGAACUAAAUAAUGACCCUUUCCAAAUUCAAAUGUUCAGGGAAUCAUAUAAGCCUGGAAAAGGAUGGAUUUUUAAAGGCAAAGAUGAAGAAUAUCAUUUACAACAGCCUUGGUUCAAAACUUUAAAUAAGCGUGUUACUACAUUUGAUGUUCAAUUGCGAAUUACAGAAACAAAUGAGGAUAGAUUCCCACUUUAUGGUAUAGACCUAAGUAAAGCGACUACCACACCUAUAUGUCUACUGAAGGGAGGAAACGGUGGAUUAGGAAAUAUGCAUUUUUUAACUCAAAUGAUAAGAAAUCCUAGGUUUGCAAAAGAAGGGAGAAACGGUUUGGAACAGCACUUUUUGUUAGAACUUAAAACUAUCGCUGAUAUUGGUCUCGUCGGAUUUCCAAAUGCAGGAAAAUCAACAAUUUUGAACAAAAUAUCUAAUGCAAAACCAAGAAUAGGUCAUUGGAAAUUUACAACAUUAGUUCCGACCAUUGGGACUGUGUCCAAAGGUGUCGAAGAAACCCCAUUUACUGUGGCUGAUAUACCAGGAAUAAUUGAAGGAGCGUCGUUGAAUAAGGGAAUGGGAUUAGAUUUCAUAAAACAUAUACAAAGAUCAAAAUCGUGGGUAUUUGUAUUGAGUUUAGAAAGUCCUGAUCCGAUCGAAGAUAUGAAGACAUUGGUGUAUGAAUUAGGCGGAAUGGAUAAAGUAACUACUAAGAAUAUACUUGUAGUGUGCAAUAAAGCAGACCUUUUAGAAAAUAAUGAAACUAGUAUAGAAAAAUUUUCAAAAGUAAAUGAAUUUUGUAAAAAGAAUAAUUGGGAUUGUAUUCCAAUAAGUGCAUUAAAAAAUGAAAAUAUAGAUGAAUUGAUUCAAAGAAUGGCUAAAAGUAUCAGAAUGAAAGACUAA